AUGACCGACACCCUGCGUCUGUGCAUCCCGACCGCCGUUAAGACCCUCGUCUCGAUGGAACAAUACCCCUCUUCCCCACUCCAAGUCUUUCCCCCACCCGCACCCUCCACCACCAGUCGCACCCUCCGUGAGCGCUGCAACGUUCAAUUCUCCCUGGUACUGGAGACCGCCAUCAACGCUAAGGCGCCUGGCAAGCCCGUCGACCCAUGGGCCGUGCGCGGACACCCUCAGCCCCAUCGCACGAACCUUCCGCGCAUGACGCGUCGCCGUAGCAGCAUGCGGCAGCGCGCACCGUGCGCGCAUGACGCCUCCAACGAGCCCGCGCCUCCUAUGCCCUCCGUGCCUGCCCCCGCAUCGCCCGCAGCGCCACCCCCCUCCGAGCCCGCGUCGCCGAAGCCCGCCCCCGCCGACACCGAGCCGUCCCUGCAAGCGAUCAUCCCCGGCGCGUGGGUCGCGUUCGGGGGCGUCAAGCACGCCGCCGAGUGGGGCUUCACGCACGUCGUCGACAUCGACUACUACGCCGCGCACCCGCGCACCCGCGGGAUCCUCAACUGCCGCGCCCCGUACGGCUCGCCCGUGUCCCCGCCGACGUCGGACGACGGGGUGGAGGUCGGCGCCGGGGGCGUGCGCCGCCUGCGCCUCCCGCUGCCCGCGACGGUCUCCGCGCGCUCGGUGUCGAAGCGGCUCGCGCUGUCGGACGCGCAGCUCGCGGUCGCGCGCGACUUCAUGGCGGACGCGCUCCCGCCGUUCCUCGCGGGGAGCCCGUCGCAGGAGGCGGUGCGCGUGCUCGUCAGCGUGCCGCCUGGGCGGACGGCGGACGCGAUGAGCGUGAUGGGCUGCUACCUCGCGUGCGUGGCGGAGCGCGGGGUGGAGGAGGUGUUGCGGUGCGUGGACGAGGAGGACGCGGUGCUGAGCGUGUGGAAGGCGGAGGUGAGUGGGGAAGAGGCGGAGCGGCUGGAGGCGAUUGCGCGUGCGCGGGUGUUAGACCCUGGGCUCGAGGUUGUGGAGUGGUAG